GGGGAAAAAAUAAAUAAAUAAAGGAAAGAGAUAAAAAUGGCUCUCCUAACAUAUCUCUCUUUCAUCUUCUUCUCCAUCUUUCUUCAUAACCCAACGACUGCUCAACGUUGUCCAACUUCAUGCCCCGGCAGCGAACUCGAACUGAAGUUCCCUUUCGGGCGGAACCCUAAUGGCAACCAAAACGGUAGUUGCAGCUAUCCCGGUUUCGGUCUUUCAUGCAGCAGGGCGACGGGAGAACCGAUACUUAAACUUCCGGAAUCCGGCGAAUUCUCCGUCAGGUACAUCGAUUACGAAGCACAACAGAUAUGGAUUGACGACCCAGAUUCCUGUCUCCCGAAACGGAUGCUGGAGAAUUUUAAUUUAUCGGGAACUCCUUUCGGUACUGAAUUCUGGUAUACCCUCACCUUCUUCAAUUGCUCCACUAGUGACGUAACUCAAAAGGGGUUAAGGUCGAUUUCAUGCCUUAGCGAUUCGAAUUAUUCCGUCUUGGUUUCCACGAUGAUCUCUACUGUGGAUUCCGCCGAGAGUUUACCGUCAACGUGUCAGGCUAUAAAGGCGGUCACUAUUCCGUUUGUUUUGGACGGAAUCCGGUUAGGUUGGAAUGAACCGAACUGUAGAUCGUGUGUUGAACGGCGAGGGGAUUGUGGCUUCACUGAUAGAAAUAGUCUGGAAACUGGGUGCUUUAAUCUGCCAAGCCAAGGCGGAGGAUUGCCAAGGGGUGCCAAGUAUGGAAUCAUCAUAGGAGCUGGAAUCCCAGGACUCUUAUGCCUAAUCGGGCUCGUUGCAUUCGCUGGAAGCCGAAUGAGACACAGGCGACAUCAACGAAACCUCCGCAACAUCGAAUUUUCCACAUCAGUUUCCCCAUCGGUGGCCAUUGUCAUGUCGGGACUUGACGGACAAACGAUCGAAUCCUACCCUAAAACUAAGCUUGGCGACAGUGGCCGUCUUCCCAAGCCUAAUGAUAACACUUGCCCCAUAUGCUUAUCAGAGUACCAGCCUAAGGAAACAUUAAGGACUAUACCAGAGUGUAACCAUUACUUUCAUGCAGAUUGCAUAGAUGAGUGGCUAAAGAUGAAUGGUUCUUGCCCUUUGUGUCGUAAUUCACCCAGCGGAUCAGCACCGAUUACCCCAUCUAUAUCUUCCUCUGGCUCUUCAUCAUCGUCGUCACAAUUAUCACCAUGAACAAAUUUUAUUAAAAAUAUACCAGCUCCUGUGUAUAAAUACAUAUACCCGUGAGGAUGUCAGUUUUGUGAUGUUAUUACAAUGUGUUUUAAUGGAUUUGGUUAUUAGAUAGGAAAAGGGGGAAAAAAUACAUUUUGGGCUCCAAAUUGUUUAUUCAUACUUCAUCAAAGUCAUCAUACUAUUCCGUUUAAUA